AUGUCUAAGACCAAAACGCAACCUGUGCGCGAGCGCAAGCGUGAGCUUGAGACGGCCGACGAGUCGUCGUCAGACGAUGAAUUACAGGUGGAAGGACUGCUGGAAGGAGCCGAGAGUGAGGAAGAAAGCGAGAGCGAGCAGUUCGAGAGUGCUGAUGAGGACCAGGACCAGGACUCGGGCUCGGACUCGGACGCAGAGUUCAACAGAAUCCUGGCCGAAGGUUCGAGCGGCGAGGACGAAGACGAGCCAAAGGAGCCGUCGAUUACAGACAGAUUAUCAGGCAUCAAGAUCCGGACGCUGAGCUCGUCGAGCUCGACCAACGGAGAGGUGCGAACCAAGUUUUCCGACGGCCGCGAGCGGAUCCUGAGGCCCGAGAUCGAUCCCGUCUACGACUCGGACGACUCGGACAGGGAGGAGACAAACACGAUCGGAAACGUGCCGCUCUCUGCGUACGACGAGUACCCGCACAUUGGCUACGACAUCAACGGAAAGAGAAUCAUGCGGCCUGCCCAGGGCUCUGCUCUGGACCAGCUGUUGGAGAGCAUCGAUCUGCCAGAGGGCUGGACCGGAUUGCUGGACAAGGAGACGGGAAACUCGCUGAACAUCAGCGCCGAGGAGCUGGAGCUGAUCAGAAAAAUCGAGCGCAACGAGAACCCGGACGACAGCGUGAACCCGUACGAGCCAACGAUCGAGUGGUUCACGAGCAAGACAGAGACGAUGCCGCUGACGGCUGUGCCGGAGCCAAAGAGACGGUUUGUUCCGUCGAAGCACGAGGCCAAGCGGAUCAUGAAGAUCGUCAAGGCCAUCAGAGAGGGCCGCAUCGUGCCGCCACACCUGAAGAAGCAGCAGGACGAGGAGGACGAGCUGAACUUUGAUCUGUGGGGCGGCGACGUCGACAACACCCAGGACCACGUCAUGACGCUGCGUGCUCCAAAACUGCCUCCGCCAACCAACGAGGAGAGUUACAAUCCGCCGGAGGAGUACCUGCUGAGCGAGGAGGAGCGGAAACGGUGGGAAGAGACGGAUCCUAGCGAGCGCGAGCGGAAUUUCCUGCCGCAGAAAUACGGUGCUCUGCGCAAAGUGCCUGGCUACCAGGAAAGCGUGCGGGAGCGGUUCGAGCGGUGUCUGGACCUGUAUCUGGCUCCGCGCGUGCGCAAACAGAAGCUGAACAUCGACCCGGAGUCGCUGAUUCCCGAGCUGCCGUCGCCAAAGGACCUCAAACCGUUCCCUGUGCGCACGUCGACCGUCUACGAGGGCCACACCGGCCGCGUCCGCGCGCUCUCUGUGCACCCUAGCGGCAACUGGCUGGCCACGGGCGCCGACGACGGCACCGUGCGCGUGUGGGAGGUGCUCACGGGCCGAGAACUGUACCAGUACGCCAUAGUUGAGGACGACGAGGACCACGUCGAGGCGCUCGAGUGGAACCCGAAGCCCGAGGCCGCGCUGCUCGCGGUCACGUGUGGCGCGACCGUUUUCCUGCUGGUGCCCCCAAUCUUUGGGUUUGAGCUCGAAAACCGGUCCAAGCUGCUCGUCGAGGACGGCUGGGGAUACGCCAAGACCGGCCACGACACGGUGGAGGGCGAGGACGGCGAGAGCUCGGGCAAGUCGGCGGCCGCCGAGUGGCACAAGCCGAGCGAGGAGCAGUACGCGCACGGCGUGUGUGCCGUUGUGCGCACUUCCAGGGGCGGUUCGGCUGCAGGCACGUUCAAACGGGUCUCGUGGCACCGUCGCGGCGACUACUUCGUCACCGUCUCGCCCGAAGGAGGCAACAAGACCUCGGUUCUGAUCCACCAGCUGUCUCGCCACGCGACGCAGUCUCCGUUCAGAAAAAGCAAGGGAAUCGUCAUGGACGCCAAGUUCCACCCGUCCAAGCCGGUGCUCGUCGUCAUGUCGCAGCGGUACAUCAGAAUCUACAAUCUGCAGCAGCAGCAGCUGGAGAAAAAGCUGCUACCGGGAGCCAGAUGGCUGUCGUGCCUGGAUAUCCAUCCGCGCGGCGGCGACCACAUUCUCGCGGGCUCGUACGACAAAAGGGUGCUGUGGCACGACCUGGACCUGAGCGCCACGCCGUACAAAACGCUGCGGUACCACGAAAAGGCCGUCCGGGCUGUGGCGUACCACAAGGGCGGCUACCCGCUGUUCUGCUCUGCCGCAGACGACGGCUCCGUGCACGUGUUCCACGGAACCGUCUACGACGACCUCAUGAGCAACCCGUUGCUCGUGCCGCUGAAAAAGCUCACCGGCCACAAGGUGGUCAACAGCCUGGGCGUCCUGAACGUGUGCUGGCACCCUGCACAGCCUUGGCUUUUCACCGCGGGCGCGGACCACACGGCCCGGCUGUGGACAGAUUAA